GUUUGCAUCCGCCGCAGUGCUCCCAGGCCUCCCCCGGCUCCGCGCCGCGCCCUGCGUCCGCCCCUCGCUCCUCAAGCAGCCGCCCGGAAUGGCGUCCAGGUCCCGGGGCUGGCGGCCCCCGCAGCCGCCGCUGCUCCUGCUGCUGCUCUGGGUGACCGGGCAGGCGGCGCCCGUGGCGGGCCUGGGCCUGGGCUCUGACACGGAGCUGCAGAUCGAGAGGCGCUUUGUGCCCGAUGAGUGCCCGCGCACCGUGCGCAGCGGCGACUUCGUGCGCUACCACUACGUGGGCACGUUCCCCGACGGCCAGAAGUUCGACUCCAGCUAUGACAGAGACUCCACUUUCAACGUGUUUGUGGGAAAAGGACAACUGAUUGCAGGGAUGGACCAAGCUCUGGUUGGGAUGUGUGUAAACGAGAGACGUUUUGUGAAGAUCCCCCCAAAUCUUGCCUAUGGAAGUGAAGGAGUUUCUGGUGUGAUCCCUCCAAAUUCAGUGCUUCAUUUUGAUGUACUCCUGAUGGAUAUUUGGAAUUCUGAAGAUCAGGUUCAGAUUCAUACUUAUUUCAAGCCCCCCCGUUGUCCUCGGACCAUCCAGGUGUCGGAUUUUGUAAGGUACCACUACAACGGAACGUUCUUGGAUGGCACGUUGUUCGACUCAAGUCAUAACCGCAUGAAAACAUAUGACACCUAUGUGGGUAUCGGCUGGCUGAUUCCUGGAAUGGAUAAAGGGCUGUUGGGCAUGUGUGUGGGGGAAAAGCGCAUCAUCACCAUCCCCCCCUUUCUGGCCUAUGGAGAAGAUGGAGAUGGAAAAGACAUUCCUGGUCAGGCAUCUCUGGUGUUUGAUGUAGCACUUUUGGACCUCCAUAACCCCAAGGACAGCAUUUCUAUUGAAAAUAAGGUAGUACCUGAAAAUUGUGAGCGACGAAGUCAAAGUGGGGAUUUUCUCAGGUAUCAUUACAAUGGCACGCUUCUGGAUGGCACCUUCUUUGAUUCCAGCUACUCUCGGAACCGCACCUUUGACACGUACAUUGGGCAGGGCUACGUGAUUCCUGGAAUGGAUGAAGGUUUACUUGGUGUUUGCAUCGGGGAGAAGCGGAGGAUUGUGGUUCCCCCUCACCUGGCCUAUGGAGAGGAAGGAAGAGGGAACAUCCCUGGCUCAGCUGUACUGGUGUUUGACAUCCACGUGAUUGACUUCCACAACCCUUCAGACUCCAUCAGUAUCACCUCCCACUACAAGCCCCCCGACUGCUCUGUGCUGAGUAAGAAGGGAGAUUUCCUUAAAUAUCAUUACAACGCCUCUCUUCUGGAUGGGACCCUGCUGGAUUCCACGUGGAAUUUAGGCAAAACGUAUAAUAUUGUUUUGGGAUCUGGACAAGUUGUGCUGGGAAUGGAUAUGGGUCUCAGAGAGAUGUGUGUUGGAGAGAAACGAACAGUGAUUAUCCCUCCUCACCUGGGGUAUGGGGAGGCCGGCGUGGCUGGAGAAGUCCCUGGGAGCGCCGUGCUGGUGUUUGACAUCGAGCUGCUGGAGCUUGUUGCGGGCCUGCCUGAGGGGUACAUGUUCAUAUGGAAUGAUGAGGUGUCACCCAACCUCUUUGAGGAAAUCGACAAGGAUGGCAAUGGAGAAGUCCUCCUUGAAGAGUUCUCAGAGUACAUUCAUGCUCAGGUGGCAUCUGGCAAAGGGAAACUCGCUCCUGGCUUUGAUGCUGAGAUGAUUGUGAAGAAUAUGUUCACCAACCAGGACCGGAAUGGAGAUGGAAAGGUCACAGCUGAGGAAUUUAAACUCAAAGACCAGGAGGCCAAACACGAUGAACUCUAAACCUGACUCAGCCACCUGUGUGACUCCAAGCCCCCGGUCACGGCAGAGUGUGCCUGCGGGUGCGAGGGUCUCAGAAGCGCACGGUCAGCAAGUAGUAGGUGGGUCAUGUGUACCUGGGCUUAUGUCAGGGAUGGGUUGUACACGCGGUGAGAAUUUAGGCCAACUGCUAGGAAUCUUAAAAAAAAAAAAAAUCGGUGCGAGGUGCCUCAGCGUGGGAUGUGUUGUCUAUGGAAAAGGCUGAGCUGCCAGCCAGUGUUUUGUGAGCCAUCUGGGUAGUUUUGUUAUUAAAGGAAAGUAGUGUCAGACAGGAGUUACAAUCAUCUUGCAGGGAACAGAAGAAAAAGUGACCAGGAUGUCUGCAUAGGAGGAUUAAAUUUUUUUUUUUUUUUAAAUUUGCCAGUGCCAGUGUUUUAAAGUAUUCUUCAAAUGGGCAGAAAAGACAGGGUGUGCCAGCAUUCCCAGUAAGCCCUGGAAAAGUUUCCUCACUGGCUCUGGUGAUGCCCAGCACACACGUGUGCGUGUGUGCGCGCGCACACACACACACACACACACACAGUUUUCUAGUUCAUCACACUCAUCCCCUUGUUCUGCUCCAAUUGACAGUGUAACUUGGAGGUUAAAUAGAAAACAAGACAUUUUGGACUAUGAAUAGAGAAUUGAUUGUGCAUUUGCCACGUAAGAUUGCCUGCUUCACUCGUCCUUAUUGCUGUCACUGUCCUGCAGUGCACUCUCACCCGCCCUGAGUCCUGUGAGCAGACAGGGCUGGUGGUGAAGGUGGACUCUAGCUUUCUCCCCAAGACCAAGAUGGAAGCGACUUCUCAGCAGAUGAGCAUAUGCAGGUGACAUUCUUUUCCUCGAGAGAGCAGUGCCCUGAAAGGGGGGCUGGGUUGUGCUCUGCAUAGGAAAACAAGGAAUCUUCACCUGCCUAGCCUCCCCACCUCACCUCGUGUGGUAACCGCAUUGCUGUCUUAUGUUUCUUGUUCCCAAGUGGUGGUGGCACUCACUCUGAAGUAAUCAUGAUUUCCCUUUGGGACUGCUUUAUUUUACUAAUUUAAACUAUUUUGUACUGAUGUAGCCCUAAGAUACUUCAUGAAAAUGCCGUGCACUCAUUCAGUGGAAUUAACGUUGCAAAACUGAUCUUUUGUAUAUAAAGUAUUGACUUUUAUCAUGUUGGCUUUGUGG